UAAAAAGAAUAACAGACAAAAACAAUAUUUAUACUAGGCGAUGAGUACUGAAUCGCUUUUGACACCACUUGGGAUAGAGGUGACUUCAUUAGAUACAUCAGGAGAAACAAAUAUUUCGGGUCUACUUAAAGAGUCGGAAUCAUUACUUGAUGAAUUGCGGGGGGUUGAAGCCUCUUUAGAAGCUGAGAUUGAAUCAGGAGUAUCUCAUUUCAACAGCAAGGUACAGAUAUCCAAACCUAUAGAUAGAUGGUAUAAGCUGUCUAUUUCAAAUCUUAAAGCAUAUAAUACCCUGAUCAACAAGUUUCUGAAGGCUAUACCCAACAAUCCACGCUUUCACAUUGAUUUAGAUGACACAUACAGUUAUCCAUUAGACUUAUACAAUGGACCUGGCUCUAUUGGACAAGAUACCGAUAAGCCUGAUGACGUUGAGCUGCAUAGACAACACGAAAACCACCAGGCACUCUUUAAAGCACUCAUAUUGCAUUUACUUAAAACUAGUCAAUCCGGGAUAGUAAAACGGAUGUUGAUGGGACUCAACGAUACCCAACUUGUACCGGGCUAUAUAUUAGAGAGAUUUGAGCUUCUUGACCGGGUUGUUGAUGAUAUACUUGUCAAGCAUGACUUGAAGCGAGCUCUAGAAUGGAUUAAGAGUCUAGUACCCACAUUACAAGAGGAUUCAUAUACCAAUAAUGUUCUCAGACUUAAAGAACUUGAAUUCAAAUUCCAUAUUCUUCAAUUUGCCCUUCUUCUCAGUGGCAGACCACUGGAUGAGAAUAAUUCUGAUAGUAGACGGCCAUUCAGUAUAGAUUGUGCUUAUGAAGCUUACCAGUACUCCAUGUUGCAUUUCCCCCUGUUCUUCGAGCUGUACCGUGACGUGAUCUCCCUGUUGAUGACCUUGAUGUUGUAUGAUGCUGGAGCUUCUGGCACUACGGGAAGACCCGAUGAUGAAUUUGAAAGAAAACAGAGACUUUCUCUAAAGGAACUCUUACGUAAACUACAGGUUUCAUUUGAAGAAAGAGAAAAAUCAACAUCGACUAUAGGAACAGCGAGAACAACUUCAUCAACUUCAAGAGGUAGUCGAAAUGAAUCAACUUUUGCCGACAGAGUGUUCACAUCUUUUAAAGAUAUAAGGUCUGAUCAGUCACUAUUUGUUUAUUUGGCCAAUGAGUUUAUCUCAGUCUAUUGUCUGGAUAUGCAACUUUCCGAUGAUUCAUCCAUAUUCCAAUGUAUGUUGGCGGGAUUUGUGAAUUUACCCAACUUUUAUAAGUAUAAUCAGAUCCAACAAAAGCUAGGUAGGAAAGAUGAUAAAUCAGCAGCAGGAAAUGGUGGUGGGAAUAAUGCUAAUAAGAAUACCUCAUUUGCUGCAAAUACAUACGAACUACCCUUCCACCUCCCAGAUACAAAUACUAAUCUUUUCAAUUAUCAUCCUAUCUUCAUUUGUCCCGUGACAAAGGAACAACUUGUUCCCUUGACUGAGAGUGAAGAACAAGCAGAGAAAAGGCGCAAACAAGAUAAUUCAUCCUCAGGAGAGAAAUCACUACCACACAGGAACCCAGUGGUUGUACUUAAAUUUUGUCAACAUCUUGCGUUACGUGAUAGCAUUUGGCAACUUCUGAAACGUGGGACAGAGAUCUUCAAGUGCCAUUAUUGUUAUAAAAAGCACAAAUUCUCAGAUACCAGUGAGGCGAACUUUAUUGACUUUUAGGAAGUUAGUGAGAGGAAUUCUUUUUCUUUUUUUCUUUUCUUAUUACUAUUAUUAUUUGGUCAUCUCCCCAUAUACUCCCUCUAAGAGGUACAUCCAGAUUAUGCAUUAAAUAGAUAAAUAUUUUAGAUACCAUCUAAUAAUUGAUCUAAUAAUUGAAUU